UAAUUAGUAUUAUAUAUAUAUAUACACAUAUCAUAAUUAGAUUUAUCAUUAUACUAAAAUAUUAUAAAUAGUUUUAUACAAAAUAAAAAAAAAUUGAUUGAUAUUUGUUUGUAAACAUAAUAUGUCAUGGCAUAUUUUUAAAAAUUAUUAAAUUUAUUUUAGUAUUAAAAUACUAAAAAGAAGUAUAUAAACAAUAACAAUAUAUUUGAUAUAUAUUUGUUUGUUAACAUGAUUUUUGUGAUAUUUUCAUUUUUAUUCUUAUCAUUCAGUUGCAAGAAUAACUUGUAUUUGUUAUUUAAGCUAAAAAUUUAAUAUUUCUUUGUUUUUAUUUUUAUUAAAUAUUUAUUGUUAUCAUCCAGUUGUAAGAAUAAUUUUCAAAAAACAAUAUUUUCAAAAUAUGGUUUUUACAACAAGUACCUUAUAUUUAUGAAAAUUUAAAAUUUACUUUAUUUAAUUUUAAUGUUUCAAGAGUUUUAAAGAAUUAUAACUUUGUUUAAAUUAAAAUUUCCUCAAAUAUACAUUACAUAUUAAUUUUUUUGUUUGUCAACAUAGUUGUUCUGCUUGAGUGUUUAUUCAAUUAUUAUAGAAAGUAUUUCACAAAAUAAUUAUUCAUAUAUCAAUAUUCUUAUUUACUUUGACUAAUAUAAUAUGUAAUGCUGAAUUUAGUUUAACAUUCUUUUGCUUUUGAUUUAUUUUGAGAUUUUGUAGGUUAUGCUAAUUCCUAGAAUUUGGUUUAAUAACAUCACUUUAUAUUAACAAUUAUAUAUUUGUUUAUUUAAUUAUAUCAUUGUUUAUAAAUUAAUAUAAUAAAAAUUUGUUCAAGAUAAAAACAUAUUUACAAGAUAUUAGUGUUGUUAUCCAAAAUAAUAUUUUUAAAUCAGUAAAAAUUAAGAAAUUGAAAGAUUCAUAAAAUAGUAUAAAUUUAUUGUUUUAUUUAUUUUUUUGAUCUUUAAACUAAUAAUAUAUUUAUUAAUAAAUUUAUAUAUAAAAAAAAAUAUUUGCCUCCCUCCUGUUGCGCCACGUCAUAAAGUCGUUGAUUGUGAGUGUGACACCUGUCUUCUUUGCCUAAAACUCAUCCAUUAACUUUUGAUGUGGCUGCUGCGUUUCAUAAUUGUUUAUGGUUUAGUGGGUUUUUUAUUCACACCGUGAUAUAACCCAAAUACAGAGAGAUAGUCACUAUAAUGAAAACAUAUGUAAAGACUGAAACUUUUGAAACGAGAAGGAAAAGAAGGAGCAUACCGUGAGUUUCUGGAUGCUACUGACUUCGCCUUGGUUGGAGGCGAUAUCAACGGUGACGGUUCAUUUCGCCGCCACCUCCGGUAACUCAAUAACAUUCAAGAGUUUAAAAUUAUUGGCGAUGGGUUUUGCAGAGUAAGAAGAGGCAAAGGGAAGAGGAUGAUGAGCAACAACACUGAAGAGGUUAAAAAAGAAAAUCGAGCCAAUUAAUAAAAAUAUUCCACAGUUUAAGCAGUGGCGAGUAAAUCAGAUCGGUUUCUCAAUUCCACUAUGACUCGAUCAAGAGAGAAAUAUAGUUUUUUUUGUCCAAAGAAAUAUAGAUAUCAUCAAAGCAAAGAUUGCUCCGAACGAAUCAUAAGAUGAUAAGGGAUGCAAUCAAAGGUUUUUAUUUCAUUUUUUAAUUAGUUAUUGGGAAUUAACAUGAAUGGAAGUGCCAUACACACGUAGAGACAUGCGUGUUGGUGAGAUAUGAGAUACACAUUUUAAACUUAAAAGGGAAAUAGACAGGAAGCAAUGCGUUCUAUUCCCAUUGGGUCUUUUCUUUUGAGUCUUUUGUUUCAAAGAAAAACGACAUAACAUAACCAGAUUUACUUUUUAGUUUAAAUUCGAUUCAGCUUAAAUGCAUGCAUAAUUUUAAGCUACACAAGUUUCAUUCAAUAAAUAAACCAACGGAAAAUUUUAUUGUAAGAAAUUGGGUUAAUUGAAAUUCAUAAGAAAGAAAACAAUAAAUAAUUAAAAAUAAUUUUAUAAUUAUCUAGCUACUUCUAUUUAUAUAUAUUUAUAUAUCAAAAUAACAUAAAUAUAUGAUUAUAAUUAAUAUUUAAAUAAAAAAUACGGACGUAGCCUGGGCCGACUCUAAUAUUUAUUAGAUAACUAUGCUCGCAUGUACGGACAAAACUUCUAGUGAAAAAUAUUCAAAUAUGACAAAUAAACAAAAUUAUCUAGAAUCACAGUGAACAUGACAAAUAAUCAAAUUCAGUUUUCAAAUAAAAUUAUAGAUUUAAGGAUUAAGGCUGAAAACAUAAUCAAAAGACCUUCAAUUCUUUAAAGUAGAACUCUUUCCAUACUGCGGAUCUAACCAUGGCAGACUGGUCGCUGCUUCACAAAGACUUGUUGGAACGAAUCAAUGGUUGUUUUGAGACAUGUUUUGAGAUUGUUCACUUCCGCUCUGUCUGCAGCUCGUGGCGAUCGGCCAUAUCUCUUCCCAGCUAUAAGCUUGGCUUAGGCGUUAGUUGCCUUCUUCCUGCUUUCAACCAUGACCCUCGGUUUGAAGUCGAUACACAGUGCAUGCUUGAAAAGAUUCCAGUUUUCCUUUUGAGAUUCCAGACUCCCUUUGGUAUUGAUUAUAUGCUGGUAGGCACGAGCGAGAGGAAAUCUGGUAAACAGAAGUUGCUGUCUCCUUUUACAGAUUAUGGAUUGGCAAGUAAAUCUGGGAUUAUUCUAAACACCCUUAGCUGCCAGAUCAUCCCCUUGGGUCACUACUACAAGAUAAGGUUUUACGCUAUAACAACGAGACGUUCUAGAACACGACGUCAGAGUUAUGCUAUACGAGUUGCAUUUCUUCCAUUGGAUAGCAAAGAUGAUAGGGAAUUUGCAAUAGUAGCUGGAGUCUUUGGUGAUUUAAUGAUGUAUAGAAGUUGUGACAAGGUAUGGAUUAAAAUGGAGGGUCGGUUUAAAUCAUAUCGAGAUAUGGUCUUAUUUAAAGGAGAGGUUUAUGUUGUUGAUAUGAGUGGACGGGGACAUGUCUUCGUUAUCGACCCCUCCAAGCUAGUUACUGAGAUCCUCUCAGUCACACAGUCUCAUGAGUCUUUUGACGAGAGAUUGGUUAUCUCAGGAGAAGAGCUCUUGCUUGUGCAGAGAUUCACGCCAGGGGCUUAUGGUCAUGAAUAUAUGCAUACAUGGUUCAAAUUGUUUAGGCUCGAAGAGGAAGGCCAGAACAAGAGAUGGGUUCCGAUUGAUGACUUAGAGGACCGAGUAGUGUUUCUUGGGUAUGAGCAUGACUGGAAUCUCUGCUAUUCGGCAAAUGAGCUGCCGGGUAUGAUAAGAAACUGCGUUAUGUUCAUUGAACCUAGUGGCGUCUUUGAUAGGAUCCGUGUGUUUGACUUAAGAACUCAAAGGACCCGUAAGGCAUCCGAAUGCAGUGGCUGUAUCGAUAUGUAUAGCCAAAAUGUAGAAUCUUCGUUUCUUUGUGGAAUUUUGGCGACGCCAAAUCCAACAAUCAGCAUCUAUGACUUAUCAAGUGAAUCUGAAUAAUUCGCUAACCUUGUUUCCAACAUUUCCUUUGAAAAUUUCCUUUUUGGACAUUUGCAAAUCUUUGUAAGAAAACACAUCUUUUUUUAAUGAAAAAAUAUCAGAACA